AUGUCUUCGGUGUACAUUGGUGUCUACAAGGCGUUGUUUGACUAUGAUGCGCAAGCGGAAGAGGAGUUGAACAUUCAAGCCGACGAUCUCUUGUACUUGUUGGAAAGAUCCGACAUUGACGACUGGUGGAAGGUGAAAAAGAGAAUCAUAUCCGCGGGCGAUGAAGUAGUUGAUGAACCCACGGGGUUGGUGCCUUCAAACUACAUCGAACCAGUAUGUAUCACGCAAACCAAACAAACAUAUAGAAAGCCGAUCUUUUUGAUGAUGCAACACCGAUUUUCCAUUUUCCACUUUUAACGUAUUUCUUUGUUCAUUUUGAAACACUGUACUAACCGUUCUGGGGCAGGCACCAAUUGUUCAACAAGCAACAGCAUUAUACGACUACGACAAACAAACGGAGGAAGAGCUCUCGUUCAAGGAGAAUGCAACGUUCAACGUCUAUGAUCUCAAGGAUCCCGAUUGGAUUUUGGUGAGUGAUUCCUCGCAGCAAGAGUUUGGAUUCGUGCCGUCAAACUACAUUCAACUCAACACUGGUGGUCAAACGGCACCAACACAAUCUCAAGCCGCGCCCGUGUCUAUAGCUGGUGCUGGUGCUGGUGCUGGCGCAUCUUCAGACCCGAGUCAGCCUGCUGCAACACAAUCCCACCAGCAGCAACCGCCUCUGCAUAUCCAGCUCCCCGCUUCAGAUUAUGCUCCGCCGGCUUUCCCAACUAGACCCACCAACAGUGGCUUCCCGCCUCCAACUCCACAGAAGGACUUUCCAAGGCAACUCGAGCACCCCAGCACAAAUGACGGAUACGGAGGUGGGAUUGAAGAUGGAGAAGAUGAAGAUGAUUAUGAUGCACCUCCACCUAUGCCUUCUAGACCUUCUCAAACAAAUGCAUCCGGAAGAGAGCCAAAUUCAAGGUCAAGGUUAGGAUUAGGAGCAGCGCCUGAGCCAGAGCCAGAGCCGGAGCCGGAGCCAGAACAGAAUAUUCAACCAACUGAUAAGGAACAUACAUACGAUGGUGAAUUCUUCACUUGGUACAUAGACGAAGUUGACGGCCGCAAAAAGAGACCCGUCAAGAUUUCUAUCGGACAAGGGUUGAUUAUCAUCAAGCCAAACACUUCAAACCCCAAAAAAUUGAGAUUAAGAUCAGCCUCGCAUUUGGACAAUCAAUGGAGAAUCAAGGACUUGAAGAGCGUUAGUAAUGAGAAAAAGCACUUGUUUUUGGAAUUGCAGAACCCGCACGAGUCGCUCGAGUUGCACACGGGCACCAAAGACGUGGCAGACGCCAUUUCGGCAAUACUCGGAGAUUUGAAGAAUGCCGAAGAAGCGCGCGGCUUGAGAGAAGUGGCCAAGGCGUCGCAAGCAAGCACGGGGGCAUCAAACAAGAAGAUCGGGCGCUUGCUCUACGACUUUAAAGCGCAGGGAGACGACGAAUUAAACUGUCGCGAGGGCGAUGAAGUUUAUGUUGUAGAUGAAUCCAAAUCCAAAGAUUGGUGGAUGGUGCAAAACGUUGAGACUAGACGCAAAGGGGUGGUUCCUUCUUCAUACAUUGAAAUCAUCAGCACUUCCAACCUCGACAAGUUAACCGAUGGUCCUCUGAGACGCAAGUCCAUGUCCAAAGGCAAAGUUGUCAGUGGCAGUGACAAGCGCCACCGCAGCAGAAACAGAGAGGAGCGUGACAAGGUCAGGGAACAAGACAGGGCCCAAAGAGAUAAACGCGGUUCUCAAAACGAGUAUGACAAGUCGAUGCCAAACUAUCAUCGUGUGAGAACCUGGAUCGACAGCUCGGGAACUUUCAAAGUGGAGGCGGAGUUCUUGGGCUGCGUUGAAGGAAAAGUGCAUUUGCACAAGACCAACGGUGUCAAAAUCGCAGUGGCUGCGGAAAAGUUGUCCCUCGAGGACUUGGAAUACGUGGAAAAAAUCACGGGCACGUCGUUGGACACUUAUAAAGACAUUGUCCAGAGACAAAUGGAGAAAAGGGCCCGUUCCAAAUCCAAAUCGGGAGCUAUUGCAGACCCGUCAAGUCCCAAACGGUCGGCAACUGCAGCAAUCAACGACAUUGACCGCGCCCCUCCUCAGCCAAACAGACCCCGCUCCACGUCCCAGGCUUCAAACGGCGGCGGCGCGCCUGCUUACGAUUGGUUUGACUUUUUCCUCGAGUGCGGAGUCGAUGUGGGCUAUUGCCAACGAUACACUCUUAAUUUCGAGCGUGAGCAAAUGGAUGAAAACAUUUUGGAAGAUAUCUCACCGUCAUUGCUUAGAACUCUUGGCCUCAGGGAAGGUGACAUCCUCAGGGUGAUGAAGCAUUUGGACACUAAAUUCAAUAGAAAAAAGUCAGUUGAACCAGAGGCGCCUACAGGAAGCUUGUUCCUUGACAGCAACGGCGCAUUAAAGAACAACUCGGCUACUGAAUUGUCGAAAGUUUCCAAAGAUGCGUUGCCAUCUCCAAUCAAGACUGAGAAUCAAUCCUUGAGUGUUCCGGCACCACCACUACCACAACCAUCACAACAACAUCAACAAGGUGGAAAAAUCGAUGAUGAUGCGUGGGCGAUGAAACCGGCAGCAAGGUCAAACGAGAAUCUUCUCAAACCAUCUCCUCAGCCGCAAACCCCUCAAUACACUGGCUCUUUGUCAGAUAUUGUCAACAUCAAGCCACAAGAAAAUAAAGCCCCUCAAGUGCAGCCUCAGCCAACGAACCAGACUCCCUCGUUGCCGCCCCUCCAGCCAACAAAAACUGCAAGUCAACCUGCAGCCAACAGCAACGGAGGAGGAGUAUUGGUACCAACUCAGCGCACAGGAGGAUUUGUACCUGUUAACCGGACAGGCGGUGGCUUAGUUGCAGCUCAAACUGGUGGCUAUUUGCCAGCGCAACCCACUGGGUUUGUUCCCAUUGCUUCCCAGCCCACCGGAUUCAUUCCUAUUCAAGCAACAGGACUUCAACCACACAUCACAAUUGGAAUCUUGCCUUUGCAACCAACAACGCUGAUGAUGAAUCAGCAAAGAACGGGAGGCGCACCACCGGCAACCACAUUUGGAGGCGCGCAAUCGUUCAACCCGGGCUUUGUGCCUUUGCAAACUGGAGGCGUCACGAUGCCGCAAACUACAUUUGGAAAUAUGAAUUCCCAGAAUACUGGUGCUCUUCCAUUCACGUCAUUUAACCCCCAGAAUCCUCAAACUACCGGAGGUUUACCUCAAACGACUUUCGGAGCAUCAUCUGUCCCAGCGCAGAGAACAGGAGGACAAAUUACAGGAGGAUUUGUUCCCCAGUCAAACUUUGGCAAGCAAAUCACGGGAGGUUUCAUGAAUACAAACACCCUUACUCCACAACAGAGAACUGGUGGCAUGAUGCCGCAAACAUCAUUUGGGCAGCAGCAGGGCACUGGUGCUAUGUUCCCACAGACCUCCUUUGGGCAACAAGCCACUGGUGGCAUGUUCCCCCAAACCACUUUUGGCCAGCAGCAACAACAACUGAACCAGCCAACCGGUGGAUUAGGUUUUGGAAGUUCAUUUAUGCAAAACACAGGAGCAUUUCCUCAAACAUCGUUUGGCCAAUUCUCCCAGCCCAGCAACCAACAAUCUAAUAUCAAUCAGUUUGCUCAGCAACCAACAACGUUUGGUAAUGUCCCACAGCAGCCAACACAGUUCAACAAUUUCGCGCAGCAACAGCCAUCCCAGUUCAAUAACUUUUCGCAGCAGCAACAGCCAACCCAGUUCAAUAACUUUUCGCAGCAGCAACAGCAGCCAAAUAUGAAUCAAAUGACAAAUAUGUUCCAAAACACCUCAAUCGCAUCACCACAGAACCAGAUGCCCCCUACAAGCUUUGGCCAGCCCCAGUUUGAAGGGUUCAAUUCUCAACCAUUGCAGUCGCAACCAACAGGUAUGGGUUUUGGCAACGCACCCUUGCAGACACAACAAACUGGUAGAAGAGCCAACUUAGCUGCUGCAACACCUGACAAUCCAUUUGGGUUCUAA